AUGUGGCCUGGCCAGGCCAUGAGCCUCAAGGUCAACCACAUCAUUCACCACGAGAAGUCCAAGUACCAGGACGUGCUCGUCUUCGAGAGCAGCGACCACGGCGUCGUCCUCGUCCUCGACAAUGUCAUCCAGUGCACCGAGCGCGAUGAGUUCUCCUACCAGGAGAUGAUCACUCACCUCGCCAUGAACUCCCACCCCAACCCCGAGAAGGUCCUCGUCAUCGGUGGUGGUGACGGUGGUGUCCUCCGUGAGGUCGUCAAGCACGCCUCCGUCAAGGAGGCCACCCUGUGCGACAUCGACGAGGCUGUCAUCCGUGUCUCCAAGAAGUACCUCCCCGGCAUGGCCGUUGGCUUCCAGCACCCCAACGCCCACACCCACGUUGGUGACGGCUUCGAGUUCCUCAAGAACCGCCAGAACGAGUUCGACGUUAUCAUCACUGACAGCUCCGACCCCGAGGGUCCCGCCGAGAGCCUCUUCCAGAAGCCCUACUUCGAGCUCCUGAAGUCUGCCCUCCGCGAAGGCGGUGUUAUCACUACCCAAGCUGAGAACCAAUGGCUCCACCUUGACCUCAUCGCCGACCUCAAGAAGUCCUGCAACGAGGUCUUCCCCGUUGCCGAGUACGCCUACACCACCAUCCCCACCUACCCCUCCGGCCAGAUCGGCUUCAUGGUCUGCUCCAAGGACGCCAACCGCAACGUGCGCGAGCCCCUCCGCACCUGGUCCGCCGAGGAGGAGCAGAAGCUCUGCCGCUACUACAACCAGGACAUCCACCGCGCCAGCUUUGUUCUGCCUAACUUCGCCCGCCAGAAGCUCGGCAACUAA